ACGGAGCUGGGCACGGUGCGAGGGAAGGGGGAAGGGGGAACAGGGCUCCCUAAGGGACCCGAGCGGAGCCCCGAGGCUGCCCGGCGGAGCUGAGACACCCAAGAUGUUUGCUUUUGCCCCUGGAUCUUCCAGCCCCCACGGCCUGCGAGGCCUUUGCCUCCACCAGCUCAUCUUCCUUCUCCUCCUUCUCCUCCUCCUCCUCCUCCUCUCCCCCUGACCACCCAGCCUGGUCACCGGGGACACCAUGGCCGGCAUCCUCUGGCCAUCUGGACUCAAUGGCACGGCCGUGCCCGGCUGGGGCAAUGCCACGGCCACAGCCACGGCCACUGUGGCCAAGUGCUCCCUGACCAAGACCGGCUUCCAGUUCUACUACCUGCCCGCCGUCUACAUCCUGGUCUUCCUGGCCGGCUUCCUGGGCAACAGCGUGGCCAUCUGGAUGUUCGUCUUCCACAUGAAGCCGUGGAGCGGCAUCUCCGUGUACAUGUUCAACCUGGCCCUGGCCGACUUUCUGUACGUGCUCACCCUGCCGGCCCUCAUCUUCUACUACUUCAACAAGACCGACUGGAUCUUCGGUGACCCCAUGUGCAAACUGCAGCGCUUCAUCUUCCACGUGAACCUGUACGGCAGCAUCCUGUUCCUCACCUGCAUAAGCGUGCACCGCUACACUGGCGUGGUCCACCCGCUCAAGUCCCUAGGCCGGAUGCAGAAGAAGCAUGCUGUCUACAUCAGCGCCCUGGUCUGGGGCGUCGUGGUGGCUGGUAUCUCACCCAUCCUCUUCUACUCGGGUACCGGCGUCCGCAAGAACAAGACAGUCACCUGCUACGACACCACCUCUGAUGACUACCUGAGGAGCUACUUCAUCUACAGCAUGUGCACCACUGUGGCCAUGUUCUGCAUCCCCUUCGUGCUGAUCCUGGGCUGCUACGGGCUGAUCGUCAAGGCCCUGGUGUACAAGGAUUUGGACAACUCCCCGCUUCGCCGGAAGUCCAUCUACCUGGUCAUCAUCGUGCUGACCGUCUUCGCCGUGUCCUAUCUCCCCUUCCACGUGAUGAAAACCUUGAACCUGAGGGCCAGGCUGGAUUUCCAGACCCCGGACAUGUGCGCCUUCAACGACAGGGUUUACGCCACCUACCAGGUGACGCGGGGCCUGGCCAGCCUCAACAGCUGUGUGGACCCCAUCCUCUACUUCCUGGCUGGAGAUACCUUCCGGAGACGGCUGUCCAGGGCCACCAGGAAAGCUUCGAGAAGAAGUCCCAGGAUGUCCAGCCCUGCUGCAGGCAGCUGUGUCCUCCUCCAGCACAAUCCUGCUCUGAGUAUGCGCUGCGCCGGGCCAUCCCAGCCAUCUCCUGUUGGAGGACCAUCACUCUAGUCAGGCGCUAGAGAGCGAGUAGGGGUCAAUCUCAGUCUCCUCUUCGCUCCUGGGCAACUUUCUUCCAGUUAUCUCUAGAGAAAGACAGGAGGCAAGAAAUAGUGAUGCUAUGCCAAAGAGUAAUAAGCCUGACUCCUGAAACCCUCUCGGGCUAUCCGUGCCCCGGGAGAGACCUUGCUGAAUAGGCCAGCCUAGCGUGGAACCCUUGAAGGGAUUUGUUUGGAGCAGCUGUCUGCAGGCUGUAGCAGGGCUGGUCUUCAGGAUCUGGAAAGAGGAUUUGGGGCAGCUGAAGAGACUCGAGUAAGUCUAGAUCUCGAGGAUCUGAAAUUCUGUGUGGCGAGGAGAAGGCGUCAUCUGUGGUCUCUUGGCCGGGUAGCGUGUUAGGAAAAGUUUUCCCUUUCAGGAGAUCAACAGGAUUUGGAGUAGAUAAAAAUCAGACUGUUCCAAACGGUGGGUUUUUUUAAUGUUUUAAAAAUAAAUUUCAAGACUAACUAAAGCUCAAAUAAAUCCUGAUAUGGUAACUUCUUAUUCUAUAUUGUAAUAUUUGAGACCAAAUAAAUAUACCUGUUCAUCUUUUUAGAAAAGUUUUAGAAAGAGGUGACAAAAGGCCAUGGGUUAGACUAGAGGCAGGGGACUUCCCGGAGGUUUCCCUCUAGAUUAGCAAAGAUUAAAUAAAACUUCUCUAUCUCAUGGGGCUCGGGGCUAAUUACUAGAAGACCCUGUUAAGGAUUUCCGUGAAUUUGUGUCUCCAGGGAAAAUAUCCUUGAUAGGAGUUUGUGGAAAUGAGGGUAUAUACAGCUCAUUAUCCUAAUCAGCCCUAGUGUCUUUGCAAUUUUGAGUUCACAAAGUUAAACCCUCACUCCUCUCCAAAAGUGCAAAGUCGUGAGAAGAUAAAUGCUGGCUGGAGAAAAGAGAUGGAACAUAUUCCAGAAGUCAAAAGAUACAAGAUUCAGAGUCUAGGCUUGCUACUGACUUGAAAUCUAUUGAGCAAAUGAUGUGGUAACAGGCUUGCUGAGUUGUGACAGUACCUCUCUGGGAAUAUUUUUCGUAUGCAGCUAGGAAAAAUCUCAGGUUACUGCGCUAGGUAGAAAUUGGGCAAUAAAGUGGUAUUUUCAACACUGGCAAAGAAAAAACUCUUAAUGGGUCCUGAGGUCAUAUGCCAGUCAGCUUUUAUGACAAUUAAAAAAAUAACUUUCAUUUUUGGGACGCCUUUCCUUUUAUUAAAUGGCAAGAAUGAGAAUCAAAGAGUGAUGAGAAUUCCUGACAAAUGAUUCAGUUAGAUUUCUUUUAAAUAAAAACCACCCUAGUAAUAGUAACGGGGUGUAUUGAAUCACCACUCAAUGCAAGCACUCUACUAAACACUUGGAAAAGUACAACAGAAACAAAAGACACAUUCCCUGCAUUUGUGCAUCAAGGUUCAUCACACACCUAGCCUUGGCCAACUAAAGAACUCCUAAGAGAAGAAGCAGUCCAGAAUCAGGGCCACAAUGGGAGGUGGAGGUUCUGAGUUCUUCGGGGUUCUGCAACAGAAUUCCCUUGAUUGAACAAGCCAUUAGAAAACCGAUUUGAGUACCACCAACCUACAGGACAGCGUUCUUAGGGGGCCGGGCUGAGCUGAUUAAUGAUUGCCAGCUGCUUUUGAAAAUGUGAAAUGCUAGAGAAACAUGCAGUGGGCAAUUCUAUUACAUUCCAAGAUGGUUUUCCUCAUCUGCUAAAGAUCCGAUAAGGAUAUCAGUUGUGAUGAAGAUAUGUGCUCGGAAGCUGAAACUAAAAUUGCCACCGGAUUCAGAAGCUGCCUAGAAUUGAACUGACGACACUGAAAAGGAAAGGUUAACAAACCCAACCCAAUCAGGCUUUGUCGAAGCUUUACCAUUUACUGGUCAAUUUAAAGAGUCCAACGUGAUUAUUUAUUGAUGAUGCGAGUGUGGUGCAUUAGCUGUACAAGCACGAUUGAAAAACAUCCCUCAGAAGAUAAGUUUUGACCUAGUACCCUGAGGUAAAUUAUAUUUAAGCAAAUAUGCAUUCCAGUAAGACAUAUUUGUACAUAUUGUGUGGUGUAGAGUGAAAAUAAGAAACAGUUACUCUGUAUCUAUGCUUUUCAAAUACCACUGUCCUGAGAUGUUUUGAUUAUUUGAAUGCUCUCAGUAGAGAUUUUAAAAUCAUCUAUAAAAGUGUAUUUUGUAAUGAUAUGUUGUCUCUGGGAUGUAUUUGCAUGCUUUCUUUUCAAGAAAUUAAAUGAAAUUAAUGGGAGCUCCUUGUUUAUAUCCGAAGGCAGAAUUCAACCCCAAGGAUUGUACAGUAAAUAUACAAAACAUUAAGACUGGAUCUUUAUGGUCCUAAUUUUGCAUGAGAUUCUCCAGUUGUGCCCAAUAUGACAGGUGAGUCUACAUUCAUUCACAAAAGAUUCAAAAAUCUUGUCCCAGAUUUAGUCCCUGCCACCAUUUGAGAAUGCCAAGCAACCAUCUGAUUUUCCAAACAUGUAGUGUGCCCUGGUUUAGCCCUUGAGAGUCAGAACAGACUUAGUGAUAUAAAAUAUAAAGGAGGGACUUGGAGGGCUGGAAAAGAGGUUUCUGGGGCUGUCCAUUGAGGAGAUCACCCACAGCUGCCCAAACCUUUCAUUCUAGAAGCAACUUCUUGGCCUUCAAGGGCUGAUUCUCCCUGAAGAAAUGGAAUUUAUAUUUCCACAACAAUAGCUUUUUAUGUACAAGAAGUGUAAUGUUUGCUGUGUCACUUCUACCUGGUCGUAUUCAAUCUCCAUUUUAACUUCUACUGAUUUUGUGUGUGUGUGUGUGGCAGGGGUUGGGGGUUGCUGCUGGGGAGGAGGAACCUCAGCUGAGUCACAAUUCUGUUCCAUUAUGAAGCAGAAAUAAGGUAUUAUGUACAUCAUUUCAAACUAAUAUGAAGGGAUACAAUGUACAAGAUAUAUGUUCAAUGUUUUGUGAGUGUGGAUUACAGUGAAUGUCAGUGCUUUUGUGAAAAUGUUUAUUUUUCUAUUACUUGUGAUUUAAUAUAGCUGAUUAAAUUAGAUUUAUUUGUAAUUAAUAGUUCUAUUCAAUUUUUGCUUAUGGAAACAGUGUUACUUGACAUUUUGAGCCUUCUCAGGUUUUGUAGUUCAUCUAAAUCAGUUGUCACUUUAAAAAAGAACACUAUUUGUACACAACGUUCAUGAAUAAAAGGGUUGUCCACUUUCCAUACAGCUUUAUGUGGUUUGCGUGCAGUUUUUGUGGACAGCUUGGUAAAAUAACUAUACCUACUUACUGUCCGAUAGCAGCAGAAGUCAGGUACAACCAUAACAGUUAGUGGCCUGCUGUAGCAAACUGAGGCAGAAAAAAGAUCCAAUAAAAUCAUGAAACACUG